AUGGAGAGGGGGAAAACGGAAAAUCAUAGAAUAAAGGAACCAAGGAGGAAGAACGAAACGGAGAGGAGAGGGAAAAAAAAAGGAGGCAACGACGGUGGGUGUCACUGUCACCGUCGCCGUCACCGUCGCGGAGAGGAGAGAUGGAGAGAGAACGACGCCGCGAGAACCAGAGGCGCGCGAGAGAGAAGACGAUAUCGACGAGGGGAAGGAAGAAGGUUCCACCGUGUCCUGCUGCUGCCGCAGUCAGUGGGGGUGAUCCGGCGCCACGUCCUUGUCGCUCUGAGUCACCAGCGCCGCUGCUACUCCUCCAACUUCACCUCUGUUCCAUUAAGGUUUGCCCUGUUUCUAUUAUGGGUUUUCCACCUUGAAGUUGCCACCAUGAUCACCACUCUGUUUCUGCUGCAACUCGCCACUGUCUUGGUCAACAUGAAGUUUAUUUGCGAAGUGGUGAUAUUAUCAUUUUCAAUUAUAGUAAUACAAUCGAGCAUCACAUUCUCACGAGAACUUGAAGGUCCAAAUCAUAUCAAGACAACUACUUUUUAUACCAAAACGUUCGUACUAGAACCAGGAAAGGUUAGUAGAAAAACUUUUUUCGAUGUUGAGUUUCCAAGAGGCCACAUUGGAAUCAAGAAUUUACAAGCCGAACUAGUUGAUGAACACGGAAACUCUAUACCACUAUAUGAGGCUUACCUGCACCAUUAUUUUGUUUUAAGAUAUUUUGAAAAUAUCACCAUGUCACAACAUGCUAAUGAAAGUCAACCUAAUUACGGUAAGUAUUUUAAGAGAAAUGAUGGUGCAUGUCAAACUUUCGUUAAUUCAAUUUCUUGGGGUCUUGGAGUUGACGCACGAAGAACUAACACAGAACUACCAGAUCCAUUUAGAGUAGAAGUAGGUACGCAUCCUGAGGAUGUUCCAAAGGAGUAUGAUGAAGAGAAAUGGUUAAUCAAUAUUUUGGUCAUUGACACACGUGGUGCAGAAGACAAGAAAGGUUGCUCCCAAUGCAGAUGUGACCUUUUAAACGUCAAAAGUGAAGAUUUGAGAAACACAACAGGCGUUGAUGGAACACCAUUGUCUAGUGAUUACAAAGGAGGAAUCUUUUGUUGCGAGAAGAAGUCUCAAUGCAAAUUACAAAAGGGAUACAAUGAAAAACAAAAGAGAAAAGUUGCUAUUAAAUAUACAAUAUCAUGGGUUGAAUGGGAUCAACAGCAAGUGCCUCUUAAGUUUUAUAUUCUUGAUGUUACUGAUCAAGUCACAUAUAAUGGAUCCGAACCAAUUCAUCAUUGCGCGGUAGAGUAUUCUAUAAAUCCAGAAAAGACUGAUGAAGGACAUUACCAUAUUAAGAAAACAAAUAUUCCAAUGAAAAAAGGUGGUAGUCUCAUCUAUAUUACUGCUCAUGUACAUUCAGGAAUUGUUAAUGCAACAUUAUAUGGAGAGGAUGGAAGAAGAUUAUGUGAAAUUAAGCCAAUAUAUGGAACGGGAAAAGAGGCAGGCAAUGAAGAAGGUUAUGCUGUUGGAGCGUCUGGUUGCUAUCCAAAACCGGGCUCUAUGAAGAUUAAAGAUGGUGAAAAUUUAACUGCAGAAUUUAUACAUGAAAACAAAUAUACCACUGGACUUAUGGGGCAUUUCUAUGUCUAUUUGGCAGAAGACUUACCAAAAUCUUUCUAA